GGAAGUGCCUUCGGGCUUUCCUGGGUCCCAGCUCUUCAUUUUGCACCUGGAGCCCUAUGGGGCAGCCGAGGGCCACCCUCACACUCUGACCUGUUACUUCACACCGGAAUGCCCUCGACAGUCUUUCCUGCAGCGGCUCCUUCUGUCUCAAACGCCUUUCUUCUGCCUGGCUUCUCGUGAGCUCUUCUGCUUUUCUUCCCCACCUCGUGGCCGGUUUCUUGCUCCUUUUGGAGUUUCCCUAACCCUUUCUUUUUCUCACAGACAGUCAGAAAGCAGUCUGGCUCCCGAGGCCCACCCCUUACACCCCAAGGUCCAGAUGGCGGCCAACGUGGGUGAUCAACGCAGCACGGAUUGGUCCUCUCAGUACAGCAUGGUGGCUGGGGCAGGCAGAGAGAAUGGCAUUGAGACCCCCAUGCACGAGAACCCAGAGUGGGAGAAAGCCCGCCAGGCCCUGGCCAGCAUCAGUAAAGCAGGAGCCGCUGGCAGCUCCAAGGCCAGCAGCAAUGGGCCGGUCACCAGUGCACAGUACGUGUCGCAGGCGGAAGCCUCAGCCCUGCAGCAGCAGCAGUACUACCAGUGGUACCAGCAGUACAACUACGCCUACCCCUACGGCUACUAUUACCCCAUGCAGAGUGUGUACCAGAGCUACGGCUCCCCCUCCCAGUACGGGAUGACUGGCUCCUAUGGCUCCUCUGCAGCCCAGCAGCCCUCAGCCCCCCAGCACCAGGGAACUCUGAACCAGCCCCCUGUCCCCGGCAUGGAAGAGGGCAUGGCCUACCAGGCCGCCCCUCAGCAGUUGCCAGCAGCCCAGCCCCCUCAGCCUUCAAACCCCCAACAUGGGGCUCACACUCUGAACAGUGGCCCCCAGCCUGGCACGGCCCCAGCCACUCAGCACAGCCAGGGGGGCCCGGCCGCAGGCCAGGCCUAUGGGCCGCACACCUACACAGAGCCUGCCAAGCCCAAGAAGGGGCAGCAGCUGUGGAGCCGCAUGAAGCCGGCCCCUGGGACUGGAGGUCUGAAGUUCAACAUUCAGAAGCGGCCCUUUGCUGUCACCACUCAGAGCUUCGGCUCUAACACGGAGGGCCAGCAUAGUGGCUUCGGCCCCCAGCCCAACCCCGAGAAAGCCCAGAACCACAGUGGGCCUUCUGCCCGGGGAGGCCUGUCGGGGAAGCCGGAUGACUGGCCGCAGGACAUGAAGGAGUAUGUGGAGCGCUGCUUCACCGCCUGCGAGUCGGAGGAGGACAAGGACCGGACCGAGAAGCUGCUCAAGGAGGUGCUGCAGGCCCGACUGCAGGACGGCUCGGCCUACACCAUCGACUGGAGCCGGGAGCCUCUGCCAGGGCUGGCCCGGGAGCCUGUGGCUGAGAGCCCUAAGAAGAAGCGAUGGGAGGCCCCCGGCAGCCUUCACCCUCCGCGGGGGGCUGGCUCGGCAGCCAGGGGCGGGAGUGCUCAGUCCCAGCGAGGGACUCCGGGGGCUGGGGGUGCUGGCCGAGCGCGGGGCAGCAGCUUCACCAAGUUUGGUAACCGCAACGUCUUCAUGAAGGACAACAGCUCUUCCUCCAGCACAGACUCGCGCUCCCGCUCCUCUUCCAGGUCCCCAACGCGCCACUUCCGCAGAAGUGACUCGCACACAGAUUCCGACAGCUCCUAUUCGGGGAGUGAGUGCCACCCUGUGGGCCGCCGGAAUCCGCCCCCCAAGGGCCGUGGUGGCCGAGGGGCCCACAUGGAUCGGGGCCGAGGCAGGGCACAGCGGGGGAAGAGGCACGACCUUGCCCCCACCAAGCGCAGUCGCAAAAAGAUGGCAGCACUGGAGUGUGAGGACCCAGAGCGGGAGCUGAAGAAGCAGAAGCGGGCAGCCCGCUUCCAGCACGGGCACUCACGCCGCCUGCGCCUGGAGCCCCUGGUGCUGCAGGUGGGCGGCCUGGAGAGCAGUGGGGCCGACCCGGACUGGCAUGAGCUGCAGAUUGUGGGCACCUGCCCCGACGUCACCAAGCACUACCUGCGCCUCACCUGCGCCCCUGACCCUUCCACCGUGCGUCCUGUGGCAGUGUUGAAGAAGUCCCUGUGCAUGGUCAAGUCGCACUGGCAGGAGAAGCAGGACUACGCCUUUGCCUGUGAGCAGAUGAAGUCCAUCCGGCAGGACCUGACGGUGCAAGGCGUCCGCACGGAGUUCACGGUGGAGGUGUACGAGACCCACGCCCGCAUUGCCCUGGAGAAGGGCGACCACGAAGAGUUCAACCAGUGUCAGACGCAGCUCAAGUCACUGUACGCCGAGAACUUGCCGGGCAACGUAGGCGAGUUCACCGCCUACCGGAUCCUCUACUACAUCUUCACCAAGAACUCGGGAGACAUCACCACGGAGCUCGCGUACCUCACCCGGGAGCUGAAGGCAGACCCCUGUGUGGCCCACGCCUUGGCGCUAAGGGCAGCCUGGGCUCUGGGCAACUACCACCGUUUUUUCCGGCUCUACUGCCAUGCACCCUGUAUGUCUGGCUACCUCGUGGACAAGUUUGCAGAUCGGGAGCGCAAGGCUGCCCUCAAGGCCAUGAUAAAAACGUAUGUGGCGCUGAGCUCCCCUGCCCUCUGCCGCUGGCUGCUGUCUGGGCUCCUGCCACUCCUGCCAGCAGGCUGCUUCCCCGCUGGCACGGCUCACCCUGCCCCUCCUUCCUCCUUCCUCCAGUUGGCCCUCCCCACUCCUGUCCCUCCUGCAGUCCUCCUCAGCCAGCCUCUGUUCAGGCCCAGGGGCCUCCGGCUCCCUGUUACCCCUCCCCCUCCUGGUGUCCUCCAGCACCUGGUGCCUGCGCCCUUCUUGGGCUCCUGGCUCCCAUUCUCCCUUCUCAAGCCCUCUGCGCGCCUCUGUCCGCUCCACAUGGGGCUCCCUCUGUGGAGAGAAAGUAGGAAAGACGGUCCCUGCACCUGCCUGUUUCACACCUAGUGGUAGCGGGCACGACCGCGUCCCCAGCCGGCUCCUUCGAAGAGCUGGCAGUGUAGAGGGAAACAGCCGGGCUGGGGCGCUGAGCCUUGCUGACCGUGCCCUGCACUCGCCAGACGUGCUGAGUAGGGACGAGGUGUCUGGCUCGUGGCGAGACUGGUCCCCAGGGCACAUCAGUCAGUGUCAGAUGCAGUUGGUUGUCGCAGCGAGGGCACACCUGGCAUCUGGUGGGGGGAGCCAAGGAUGCUGCUUGGUACCCUGCAGUGCACGAGGUGGCCCAUGCUGACCAUCUUGUCUCAAGGUCAGUGUCGCUGAGGUUCAGAAAACCUGGCCAGGGCAGUCGGUUGGAAUGCCGGAGGGGCUGUGAGUUCCAGCCAACUAGGCUGACUUUUCUCUGGUCUUCUCAGGAAGACAGUAGGGAGCCGUCGAUGGUUUGGAGCUGGGAAGGAUGGCCAGCCCGAGGUUAGGAAACUCACGCUUGGAUUUAGUUUGUGUCAAGCAGGCUUCAGGGCAGGU